CAUGCAGCACGCAACAUGACUCGGUGACAAAGACUCGUUGGCGACCCUUCACUAUGGCAUUUCGCACCAUCGAGCCAUUUCAGUAUGUGGCUCUCCGAUUGCCAUCUGAUCAGAUGAGGAUCGAACAAAUACUCCCCAAUACCCUCAUAAACCUCGGCAAAUAUGGAUCAUUUCAUGCCAACCAGAUCAUUGGUCGUCCGUACCACUUGACCUUUGAGAUUCUCGACCGCUCCGAGACCACCAAAGACGGCAGGCAGCUAAGGAUCGUCCCGGCCGCUGAACUGCACGCCGUUGCCCUCGUCGAGCAGGCGGAAAUAGAAGAUGGGUCCACCCCCACCCCCGGAGACGAGACUCCAGCUCAAGGGACGACGCCGAAGUCUAACGUCAACACACACGAUGAUCCUACGAACCAGAAAUUGACAAUGGCCGAGAUCGAAGCACUCAAGCAGAGCGACAUGGGAAGUGGUAAGGAAUUGAUCGAGAAGAUCAUGCAAUCUCACUCCACCCUCGACCAGAAGACCGCCUUUUCUCUGGCCAAGUACACUUUGCGUAAGCACAAAAAGUUCAUGAAACGCUUCUGUGUGUUACCCUUGGACGUCUCUAGGAUGGUGGACUGGAUGAUGGCCGAUCGGGAUUUUGCAAGGGUGUUGGAGAUGAGAAAUGAGGCCGUAGGAUUGGUGGGUUGCUGGGCCAAUGUCCACGCCAGCGGACAAGAAGAAGAUUUUCUACCUGAAGGCCAGCCCUCAUCACGGUACCUCGUGGUGGACGAUACGGGCGGUAUGGUGGUCGCCGCGAUGGCCGAGAGAAUGGGAAUUUUGCAUCAGACCAAUUACGGAGGAGUAGAAGUCAGUGAUGCGGAUGAUAACGAUGGUGAUGACGAUGAUGAUGUUGACCGCAAACCCGACCGUGAACAACAGACACAGACACAAACCACACUUCCUCACAAGCCCAGGAAGCAACAAUACCGACUUGACGCCAUGAGCGCGACCUCCAACCACAUCACGGUAGUUCAUGCCAAUCAGCAACCGAACCUCGCCCUUUUAAGAUAUUUUAAUUUCGACUCCAACAACCCGACGAAUUCUCAUCCGCUGUACACUAACCUCAAAACCCUCUCCUGGCUACAACUCAUAGAUCCAGAGUCAGACAUCACCUACCAAGAACCCGAGGUCGUCGCCGCAGAAGACCUUGCAAAGGCAAAGUCAAACAAGCGAAGUGCCUACUACCGCAAACGCCGGCGCUGGCAGAGGGUCAAAACGGUCAUAGACGAUACCAGACAGGGCGGCUUUAAUGGUCUCAUAGUGGCGAGCCACACUGACCCGACGUCCAUUCUUCGACAUCUGGUCCCUCUUCUGGGAGGCGGUGCUCAGGUCGUGGUUUAUUCGCAGGCCAUCGAGCCGUUAGUCAAACUCGCCGACUCCUACUCGACAGCGAGACGGGCGGCAUAUCAACAAUUACCGGAGGAUCAGCGGCAGAUACCUUCCGAUGAUUAUCCUGUUGAUCCAUCACUGUUGCUGGCACCGAUGGUGCAGACAGCACGGGUCAAACAUUGGCAGGUCUUGCCAGGCCGAACGCAUCCGCUAAUGACAAGCCGGGGUGGAGCAGAAGGGUACAUCUUUACGGCUACGAGAGUGUUACCUGCGCAAGGGAGGGUCGAGGCCAGAGGACGGCCGCCACGAGGGAAGAAAGUCAAAACCGAUACGCCUGAAACUCCACUUUCGACUGUUGAUGACCUGCCACAGUCGCCGCUUAAGAAGCAAAAGACGGAAGUUGGAAAUAACCUUGACGAGACAGUCGAAGCACCUACUGCGCCCUUGCGGUCAGAGGCCGACUCGAAAGUGUAAAGAGUUCGGUGAGACUCCAAUACCAAGCACCUCUUUCAGCUUGAGCUUGAAAGGAAUUUCGCUGGGUCUGUGGAGCCCCUGGUAAGGGAAAGUUGGUAUUUCAUGACUUCAUUCGGUGACCAGACAGGCCAGCUGCUCUAUCUUAUGGACGAACUCGUAAUGAAAACACUAUAAGCUCUUCC